AUGGAUAACUUCAAUUACCCUCUGACCCCUGAGCAGCUUCAGAGCUUCCAAGAGAAUGGAUAUCUGCUUGUCCGCGGCUUCUUCACCAAUUCCGAGGCCAAGACACUCCAGCAGUGGGCGCAGGAAGUGCAUGAUUUGCCACGCACUGCUGACGUUCCUUGGAUGCCUUACGAAGAGGUCAAUGGCAAGGGGGAUCGUGUGUUGUGUCGCACGGAGAACUUUGCGAACUCCCACGCUGGUUUCGACAGCUUCUUGCGCGGAGAGCGGGCUACUAGCAUGUUACAGCAGCUGGCCGGUGAAGAAAUGCUUCUUUUCAAGGAGAAGAUCAACUACAAGCUUGCCGGAAGUGGUGGCUUUGACCCCCACAUCGAUGCUAACGCGUACACCCACGUGAAAAACAUCAAGCAUCUCACAAUUCUCGCCGCUGUCGAUGAAAUGACAUCCGAGAAUGGAGGUCUCGAAGUUGUCAACGGCAGCCACCGCAUGCAGAUUCCUCUGGGAAGUGAUCGCUGCAUCGAACCCGAAUGGGUGCAAAGCAAUCCCUGGGUUUCAUGCGACUUAUUGCCUGGCGAUAUCCUGGUUUUUGGCUCUUACUUGGCUCACCGCAGUGGUGCCAACACUAGUACCAAGGAUCGACGGGCUAUCUAUGCUACUUACAACUGCGCGGCGGAGGGAAACCUCCACGAUCAGUACUAUGCUGAUAGACGGAAUCUCUGGCCCGCGACGCACAUGCGGAAAGAGGGUGUUGAUUACGAGGAGGGCCGCGUGCGUUAUGCUUUCGGCUCACCGAUGUUGACAGUGGAGCCGAAUGGGGCUUUGGCUUGA